AUGGCCUCGGGCGACACCCUCUACAUUGCCACGGACGGCUCGGAGAUGCCAGCCGAGAUCGUGGAGCUGCACGAGAUUGAGGUGGAAACCAUCCCGGUGGAGACUAUCGAGACCACGGUGGUGGGCGAGGAGGAGGACGACGACGAAGACGACGAGGACGGUGGCGGCGGAGACCACGGCGGCGGGGGCGGCCACGGGCACGCUGGCCACCACCAUCACCACCACCACCACCACCACCACCCGCCCAUGAUCGCGCUGCAGCCGCUGGUCACCGACGACCCGACCCAAGUGCACCACCACCAGGAGGUGAUUCUGGUGCAGACGCGCGAGGAGGUAGUAGGUGGCGACGACUCGGACGGGCUGCGCGCCGAGGACGGGUUCGAGGACCAGAUCCUCAUUCCGGUGCCCGCGCCGGCCGGCGGCGACGACGACUACAUAGAGCAGACGCUGGUCACCGUGGCGGCGGCCGGCAAGAGCGGUGGCGGGUCUUCGUCGGGCGGCGGCCGCGUUAAGAAGGGCGGCGGCAAAAAGAGUGGCAAGAAGAGUUACCUGGGCAGCGGGGCCGGCGCGGCGGGCGGUGGCGGCGCCGACCCGGGGAAUAAGAAGUGGGAGCAGAAGCAGGUGCAGAUCAAGACCCUGGAGGGCGAGUUCUCGGUCACCAUGUGGUCUUCAGAUGAAAAAAAAGAUAUUGACCAUGAAACAGUGGUUGAAGAGCAGAUCAUUGGAGAGAACUCACCUCCUGAUUAUUCUGAAUAUAUGACAGGCAAGAAACUCCCUCCUGGAGGGAUACCUGGCAUUGACCUCUCAGACCCUAAGCAACUGGCAGAAUUUGCCAGAAUGAAGCCAAGAAAAAUUAAAGAAGAUGAUGCUCCAAGAACAAUAGCUUGCCCUCAUAAAGGCUGCACAAAGAUGUUCAGGGAUAACUCUGCUAUGAGAAAGCAUCUGCACACCCACGGUCCCAGAGUCCACGUCUGUGCAGAAUGUGGCAAAGCGUUCGUUGAGAGCUCAAAGCUAAAACGACACCAGCUGGUUCAUACUGGAGAGAAACCCUUUCAGUGCACAUUCGAAGGCUGUGGGAAGCGCUUUUCACUGGACUUCAAUUUGCGCACACAUGUGCGGAUCCAUACCGGAGACAGGCCCUAUGUGUGCCCCUUUGACGGCUGUAACAAGAAGUUUGCUCAGUCAACUAACCUGAAAUCUCACAUCUUAACACACGCUAAAGCCAAAAACAACCAGUGAAAAGAAGAGAGAAGACCUUCUCGACCCUGGGAAGCCUCUUCAGGAGUGUGAUUGGGAAUAAAUAUGCCUCUCCUUUGUAUAUUAUUUCUAGGAAGAAUUUUAAAAAUGAAUCCUACACACUUAAGGGACAUGUUUUGAUAAAGUAGUAAAAAUUUAAAAAAUACUUUAAUAAGAUGACAUUGCUAAGAUGCUCUAUCUUGCUCUGUAAUCUCGUUUCAAAAACAAAGUGUUUUUGUAAAGUGUGGUCCCAACAGGAGGACAAUUCAUGAACUUCGCAUCAAAAGACAAUUCUUUAUACAACAGUGCUAAAAAUGGGACUUCUUUUCACAUUCUUAUAAAUAUGAAGCUCACCUGUUGCUUACAAUUUUUUUAAUUUUGUAUUUUCCAAGUGUGCAUAUUGUACACUUUUUGGGGAUAUGCUUAGUAAUGCUGUGUGAUUUUUCUGGAGGUUGAUAACUUUGCUUGCGGUAGAUUUUCUUUAAAAGAAUGGGCAGUUACAUGCAUACUUCAAAAGUAUUUUUCCUGUACAAAAAAAAAAGUUAUAUAGGUUUUGUUUGCUAUCUUAAUUUUGGUUGUAUUCUUUGAUGUUAACACAUUUUGUAUAAUUGUAUCGUAUAGCUGUAUUGAAUCAUGUAGUAUCAAAUAUUAGAUGUGAUUUAAUAGUGUUAAUCAAUUUAAACCCAUUUUAGUCACUUUUUUUUCCCAAAAAAUACUGCCAGAUGCUGAUGUUCAGUGUAAUUUCUUUGCCUGUUCAGUUACAGAAAGUGGUGCUCAGCUGUAGAAUGUAUUGUACCUUUAACACCUGAUGUGUACAUCCAUGUAACAGAAAGGGCAACAAUAAACUAGCAAUCCUAAAGAAAGAUGAUGGCAGAAAGAGAUCUGUAAGCACAGCCUUAUUUUCUUCUGUUGUCCGGAAUACUUAUAAUUCUUGAGCCUCCCAGAAAUUGGAAGCUAAAUAAAGCAACUCGAGUUUCCUUUAUUUUGCACUCAGUGACAGUGACUGUGAUGAGGUCUGUGCACGGACACUUAGUAUUUCCUACCCAGGCCGUGAAUUCUGAGCAGGCAGGAGGCACCCCGAGCUAGGGAACUACCUCAGAUACACAGACGGCCCGUGGCUGGCAGGAUGGCCCUUGAUAUCCUGGUGUGUGGGGGAGUGCAUGGGCCUGAUGCUUUCUGAAGGGAAGGCACCGGCUGGCAGUGGGUGCGCCGAGGGAGGAUGGGCCUGCCUUCUUUCUCAUCACGCAGGCUGCCUUCAGUGGCAGUGGCUCCUUGGGUUGUCCAACAGGAAAUCUCAGUGCAGUCCUUAGUAGAUGCUAUCAGAUGUAGCGAUUGAGUGCCAGUAGCUGGUUGCUUGUAGACACUUCAGUGCAGAGCGGCAAGUCUAUUAGAUUAUUAGAAAGUUGUACUCAGUGAGUACUUGUCAUGUGUGGCCUCUUCAAUGUAUAAUUUUUGAACUUUACCUAGGGUCAAAUACCAUACUUGUUAAAUAUUUUAUAAACUGCCGUGAUACAUCAAAAUCUCAUUUAUUCAAAAUGCAAAACCUAACUGUCUGUCUGUGCUGAAUGCUUGACUACAAGGUAAAAUGACAAGUACCAGAUUCAGUCACAAAGAAGCCGGGAGACCAACCGGCCGAACACAGCCCAAUUUCUUAUGGCCUCACCAGGAGGAUUGGUGGUGACCUGGAAACAGUGGCCCCAUGGCUCUGGAAUUUUGAAGUGCCUUCUGAACCAUACAUGGAAAUCGUAACUUGGGACAUUUGUUUUAUUCGUCCAGAAUCUGGUCCAGUGCGUAGUUGACGGGACUGAGUUCAUCAGCAGACCCAGCUGUGUGCCGGAGGGCAGGCUUUGCUGUGCUGGCAGUCAGGAGGGGGCAAGCCUAAAGGGCCCCUUCAGAGCCAAGUACCCGUGUGACCCUGCACCCGGGCCUGGGCAGAGCUCCCAGCAGUGCUUUUGUGAGCGAGUGCCCGGGUCUUCGCUCCCUGCCAUCAGGUUGAGCUUUCCCAAAUGCCCUACUGUUGGAGGCCAGAGCCACGAUGCCCUCUCUCACCCAAUGUUGUGCUACCUUCAAGCCUGGCCCUGGCACCUCAAGACCCUUGCCCAAGCCACCCUAAGAGUCAGGCCCAUGUGUAGAGCGAGGCCUCAUCCUCUGUGCCUUGAUUCCUUGGGAGAUGCCCUUGGCCAUCUCUUCUGUCCCUUUCUGUCUGAGUGGAGCAGUAAACAUCGUCUUCACCCUUUCUGUGUUGGCAUUGUCUUCUCGGUGUGCAGUUAACUUCCGUUUGGAGUUCAGAGACAGCGUGGUAUGCAGGUCUUCGCUUAGGACAGCAGUGCAAUGGCCAGAAGAGAGCUGCUUUCUCACUGGCUUUGGCUUAAACCCAGUUUGCUUGUUAGAAUUUAUAGUUUUGUUAUAGAUGUAAUUUACUAAAUUUGAAAUGGUGUUCUAACAGUCCAUUGUCUAGACACUUAACCUAAUUUGUAAGUAAUACUGAUAGACAUAUUUUCUUACAUCUGAGCAGAAAUAAAUGCAUGUUUUUAGCAAAUGUAAUGUAAAAACUCCAGAGGAUAAGUUUACACCCAAUAAGACAUUAUUUUCUAUUUUUAAAUUUGUUAUUCGUCCCUCUUUGGUAGUGGGGUCGGGGGCAUAUUAUCUAUACAGAGUCGUCACUCCAGGGUGACAUUUGUUUCCCACCAAUAUGCUGAGCUCACGCUGUACUCAUCCUGUGCAGUGUGUGUACUUCAGGCCUGAGGAGCUGAGAAAAACCAAGACCUCCCCUCCCCCAUUUGGUUUCCACACAGGUUCUUCUGAAUGCCGCUUGUUUUGCUAAGUUUGGGAACGUAGACCUCUUGAAGGGAUGGUGUCUGCAAAGACUGUGUUUUUAAUUUUAGGCAGCUUUAGCUUGUGUCUUCACAUCGAUGAGAAGCAACUGUCAGUGAAGUGUGUGCUGCUCCAGGGCUAUGGUGCUGGCCUGGCUUAGCGCCCACCCCACCUCUCUACUCUGCAGGACUUACCUGUGGUAUAACCCUCAGAUCACUGACUACAGUGUACGUCUAUGACCCAGGAAGCCUUGCCCCCUAAGUUAACCCACUCCCUACUAUAGACAGGGACUUGACUGCUUCUUCCUUUUCCUCUGCUCUAGAAUUGGCAUGCUUUAGUCAGUCUGCAGUGUUUUUUGUUUUGUUUUAAUUCUCAUGACAUCUAGCCUACAGCAAGAGUGGGACUUUAGGGUAAGAACAGAGAUGACCAGAGUUGCCAGUGAUGGACGCCGUUGCGUGUCUAACUUUGCAAAGGCAUUACCCUAGCAGCCUUAGCUGCUGACGCUAGUUCUUCUAGCACAGCCGGUUUGAAUCUCUGGCCAUAAGAGGGCCCCUUGUGUGACUUUGUAGCCCUUUGGUCUUAAUGUGACCUCUUGUAGAGCCCAGGCCCAGGCCCUGGCAGACACACUGUAGCUGAAGAGAGAAACUCAGAACUCCAAAGCAGAUGUGCUUGUUUGCAUCACUUGAAACUCUGGUCUUUGGCUGGUCAGAACAAAAGCUACUCCAUGCUUCAAGUCACGUCCCAGCAGCCUUGACCAGGUUUGGUUAGGUCUCCAAAAUAAUCGAGCUUUUCCCACCGCUUGCUAACUACUCUCAGGGUAAGCUCAGGUGCCUUGGUUGCCUCAAGGUGGCUUAAGUACAGGCGCCUCAGGUGAGGAAGUGGAACUGGGCAGGAGAGGGGAACUGUGUGGCCAAGAGGCUCCCUGGCAUCUUUGGGCAUAAUUGGUCAGUACGGUGCUGGGCGGGUGAUCCUCCAGCCGGGACAGUAUAUGGACUUCAUAGGAAGGGGCGGGUGGCAGAUGUGAGCAGUUGUCACGCAGUCCCUUAUGGACCUGUCAAGGCGUUGGAAUUGAGUGUCGGCAGGAGGUCACAGGCAGGGAGCAUCUUCAGAUUGGUACAAGGUGUGCCUAGCCAGCGUUCUGGAGACCAUUGAGGGGGGUUAAUUGGCAGCACAUGGCGGCAUCUCAGAGUGGCAGAUUUGAGGAUACUGACUUAAGACCACUCAGGCACGCUGAGAAAGGGCAUUGGAGAUGGACAGCUGUGCUGGUUGCCUGCCUCCCUGCCUGGAGCCACGUGGUGUCUACAUACAUAGCGUAAAGGAGGAAAGAAAGCAUCAGUACCUGUCGCCUCUUCUUUAUGAUGCCAGCAGCUGUCAAACUCUUGAUGUCUACAAAUGGCAAGAAAAGUUGUGUUUUCAUUUUCUGGGAACUCCCACAGGCCCUGGCUCAAGGACUUUGCAUUGUGUGUCAUGUACAUCUCCUCUAAGUGUUCUUUGGUGUUCUGGAAUUGUCCUUGGUUUUUCCUUAGCUCAUAGAUCAUAGACACAGAGAUAUUAUACUAUUUAAAGCAUCCGCAUCAAGCAUCAGAUGGCUUCGCAUCCAGAAAAACAUAACUCAGUUUGAAGCACCAAGCAUGUGUAACAUGGCUCUAUACAAUACAAUAAAAAACGCUAAUGUUAAGCUUU